UUUAUUAUUCAUUUACCCCAGUGUACGGAGUCAGUUUCUUCGAUACAGUGGAAACCAAACAUACCUGUAGAAAUCAACCCUGACUGGGUAUCUUAACUGCCUCAUUCUCCUACUUUCCAAUGUCAAUCACUCAGUACCUAGCAACCCCCCACUUCUACCUGCCUCACUGUCGCUCCGUUGCCACUCAACGCCUGAUUCAUCGACACCUGAAUCACCAGUUACGGCGAUACCAGUUAUCUUAUAUUUAAAUCCCACAUCAAUAUUGCGUUUUAUAAUUGUCUUCCCUUUUUUCUACUAUUAUCCCCACUAAAUCUUCAUCUGGUCGUGCGCCUGUUUGAUUUCGGUGCGCAUUGAUACUUUGGAAACUAUUUUCUAACCGUUUGGAUCUCGUAGGUCUGUUCUGAUCCGCUCAACCUUCAAAAAAAGCCUGAGCGUGCAUUUACAAGAUGGAAACCAUUCAUACCCACCCGUCUACUGCCGCACAGGCCAAGGCCUUUACCGCGCCUGGUUCUCUAUCCUUCCCUGGGGGUGCUGGUGAUCUCACCCCGCCUUCGUUCGAUGCUGAGAAGGCGAACGGCCAGAGACCCGUAAACGGCGCUCCUCAGCAGGCUGCAAACGGUACCGGGGUGACUCCCGCCACACCCGCUGCUACACCUGCGGCUGUCCAAGGAGGAAGUGGGUUGACUCCUACCUUGCAGAAUAUCGUCGCCACGGUCAACCUUGAGUGCCGGUUGGAUUUGAAGACGAUUGCCCUCCAUGCUCGCAACGCCGAGUACAACCCGAAGCGUUUCGCUGCUGUUAUUAUGCGUAUUCGUGAACCAAAGACAACAGCGUUGAUCUUUGCUUCAGGCAAGAUGGUUGUCACUGGCGCUAAGUCGGAAGAUGACUCGAAGCUUGCUUCCCGUAAAUAUGCUCGUAUUAUCCAGAAGCUCGGUUUCAAUGCCAAGUUUAGCGAUUUCAAGAUCCAGAAUAUCGUUGGCAGCUGCGACAUCAAGUUUCCCAUCAGACUUGAGGGUCUUGCUUCGCGCCAUCACAACUUCAGUUCUUACGAACCUGAGUUGUUCCCCGGUCUAAUCUACCGCAUGAUUAAGCCUAAGAUUGUUCUCCUGAUCUUUGUGAGCGGUAAGAUUGUUUUGACCGGCGCAAAAGUCCGAGAAGAGAUCUACCAGGCGUUCGAAAUGAUUUACCCAGUCCUGCAAGAUUUCCGCAAGGUCUAGAGUCUUUUUAACACGUCAACUUCAUGGUUGACACGUGCUCUUCGAGCCGCCCUUGUCACUAGACUCUUCCCUUCGGUUCCAUUCGGGAUCUGUAAAUUAACCGACUCCUUAUGAUUUUAUGAUCUUCACCUUACGAGUCACGACGUCGUCCUGGGUAGGCUAAGCCCACGGACUUUCGUCAAUUGUAUCAUUGUCGUUUUUCCACAU